CUUCAAAAAUAGUACUAUAUAAACAUCGUGGAUUCUGAGGAGACAUCAGUUACUAAAAAGACCUCAAACAAUACAAUAUGUUCUCCAAGGUUGCAGUCUUCGCUCUGCUGGUAGCAGCAGCACACAGCAGCGCCAUCAACGGUGCCAAUUACAACAGCUUCUCGUACGGAGUUUCGGACCUUUACACCGGAGAUGUGAAGAGUCAGCACGAGACUCGUGUGGGUGACAACGUGGUUGGACAGUACUCCUUGCUGGAAUCUGACGGCAGUCGUCGGACUGUGGACUACGCUGCUGACGCACACUCAGGAUUCAACGCUGUUGUACGCAAGGACCCUGCCCUGAUCGCUCACGCUGCCCCCGCUGUCGUCGCACACGCCGCUCCUGUUGCCGCUAGUUUCGUUGCGCCUAUUGCAAGAUCUGCCUACUACGCCUCCCCCUUAUCCUAUGGAGCCGUAUCCUCUCCUCUUGCCUACAACUCAUACGCCGCUCCUCUCGUCCACGGUGCUAUCGCUGCUCCUCUUGCUCGGUCUCUUCCUUAUGGAGCGUACGGUGCUUACGGACUCGGAUAUGCUGCUCGGUUAGGAUGGUGAACACUUAAGACAAAAUGCUGUAAUUGUAUUAAAAGAAAAUAGUUUAACGUUGAAAUUUUCUUAUAAAUAUUAAAAAUUUUCAAAAUAAAGUUAUAAAAAUAUCGAA